CCCUAUCUCGCGGAGGGAGUGCGUCGCGACUCGUGCUGGUUCUAAGGUACGCGCUGUGCUUGUUGGCGUGCAAACGCGAUGCGAUGUUGAUCGACGCCGCCGUGACCUCUUGAACCCCGCAAGACAUCUGGGCAAAAAACGGCCCGCGACGGCAACCUUUCCGGGGUUUGAAGAGCCACCCAUGACGGAGCCGAUCGCAUCAGAGUGAACGUGCACCGCACUUUUGGCCGUGCGGGAACACUCGUGAGGGGCUUCCAUAGCGCGACCAGUCGCAACUUCCUUGGUGUUGCUGCUUCGUGCGGUGUCAGCUGCUUCCAACUGCUUUCUUCUGGAUCGUUUCGCGUCGUCUUCCGCUGGACCCAAAAUGGCGGCUCUCAGUGGUCACAAGAGGACGUUGCCGUUGCUUGUGUCUGUCUUCGUUCAACUGUGCGUGUGCGCGCCGGACGACGAGUCCGGUGGGACGACCGCGCCGAUGCUGCCCGAGACCACCACCAUGCUGCUCGGCUCGACGACGUUCGAGAUCACCGAGAUGACGGUGGAGGAAGUGCCGACCGGCAGCACGGCGAGUGACAUCACAACGACGGCGAUGACUGCGACGGAGAGGACGAGCUCCACUACGGCCGAGGUUACGGAGGCGUCAACUGAAGAGGUUACCGAAGGCAUCGGAGCCACAGAGACGGUCAGUAGUUCUUCCUCCGCAACGACGGCACCCUCGACGCUGUCAGAUGAUGGGUCGGCCCAAACGACAACACCAAUGUCAACACGGAGGGCCACCCUAGAGCUGAGCCUCGGAGACAUGGACCCGCCAGGACUGCUGCUUCCAUUCCCGCUACUGCCACCUAACCGUACAGAACCGUGGUUCAAAAACCAAGCUGACAGCCGGCUGGUGCAUCAGGGCGUGUGCGACUACUGCUUGUUCGACGGAGAGGGCAACUUCACCAGCUACGGCUACCCGCUCGACUACCCUCCGCUGCUUGAGUGCACUUACCGCGUAAAGCGGGUGGGCGGGGCCUGUUCGCUCCAGGUGCGCUUCCACGACUUCGACCUGGAAGAGUCGCCCGGGUGUCGGAACGACUACCUGGCCGUCGCCGACAAGAGGUUCUGCGGACGGCGACGCUACCGCGGCCACACAGAAAUUGUGGACUUCCCUAAGGAGAGUGACGAGGUGACGUUCUACCUACACACCAAUCCGCUCGUCUCCGGCAAGGGUUUCUGGAUCGAGGUCAACCGGCGGCCCGGUUUCUGUGACACACGCAAGAAUGUGGUGGGGCCAUGCGAGGAGCGCCACUCGCACGAGGAGUUUCAGCUGUGGAGCCCGGGCUUCCCGGAGUCGUACGCGAGCAACCAGAAGUGCUGGUACUACAUCCGCCGGGCCACAGACGCCGUGUGUGGCCUCGAGCUCACCUUCCUGCACUUCGAGCUGGAGCAGAGUGACAGCUGCAUCUACGACUACCUCGACGUGGACGGACAGAAGCUGUGCGGAUCCAUAACGCCGGGCGCCGUCCGCGUGUUCAUGUUCAACCGUGACCAACUCCUGAUGCACUUCAGCAGCGACAGCCAGAACAACAAACGUGGCUUUCACAUCAAGGCCCGCCAGAUUACCGCAUGCUACCCGGGAAGCGUGCUUCCACCGCCACCGCUGUGCGACAUGUGCACGGACCGGCUGAGCGAUGACAUCACGAGCUACGGAUUCCCGACCGCCUACCGAGGCAACAUGCUGUGCCGCGUGACCAUCAGCCGGCCCUCGGACGCCUUCUGCGCGGUCGAGAUGCACUUCCGCGAGUUCGACGUCGAGAAGUCGUCGCGCUGCGACAGGGACUUCCUGCAGAUUGACCGGGACCGUUACUGCGGCACCAUGCUCAAGGGACAGCGCAAGCGCAUGGUAUACGAUACGGAGGGCAACGCCGUGAUGGUGUUCAAGACGGACGAGUCCGUGUCCGGCAAGGGCUUCCACGUGCGCUUCCACCAGGUCCCCUGCGGCGCGGCGCACAGGGACCCCGUUGCCACAGCCGCCACGACCACGACGGCGGCCAGCGGCAUUCUGCCGCCCGGUCCCCCCAAGGAGGUGCUUCGCUGCGAUCAGCGCUUCGACAAGCAGCGUGAGUUCUACGUGCAGAGUCCCAACUACCCGUCACACUACCUGGACAACCAAGACUGCCGGUACGUGAUCACCAAGGCCGGAGAGGGCGUAUGCCACCUAGAGCUCGUGUUCGCCUCCUUCGACAUUGAGUCGUCGCCGGGAUGCCAGUACGACUACCUGGAGUUCGGCGGACAACGACACUGCGGCUCGCUGCCUGCAGACCAUUCCUAUGUGAUCCCGUUCCUGGGAAGUGACAUGGUACUGCACUUCCACUCGAACGUAGCCACCACCCGACGAGGUUUCUCAGUGCGUGCCCGUCAGAUCAAGUGUGCGUUGGGCACAUCGCCGGCGCCUCCGCCUCCAUCGCAGCUACAGGGGCCACCGGGGUCCUCGCACCCAGACUAUGGCGCUGGGGACAGCAAGUCGCAGGGCGUCGUCGUGACCACCACGAUGCCUGUGCGCAUCACGACGCCGUAUGGUCCCGUUCCUGUCAGCAGCACAACGGGGGAACCGUAUAUCACGCGUCGCUCAUGUGACAUCUACAUGGACAAGAUGGAGUUCGAGCUGGAAAGUACCAACUACCCCGCCGACUACGAGGACGGCACGGAUUGCGUGUACACGGUUCGGCGCGCUCACGGCAACAUAUGCCAGAUGGAGAUCACCUUCCUGGACUUCCAGCUGCAGCCGUCGGACUCUUGCCAGGGCGACUACUUGGCCAUCGACGGCACGCGCGUCUGCGGAACCGUUGUGCCCGGGACCGUCCGCUUGAUGGACUUCCGGGAGCCGCAGAAGGUUAUGCGCUUCCACACGGACGACUCGCAGAGCGACCGCGGCUUUCACAUCGCCGUCCGGCAGAACGAGUGCGACGAGCCGGCCUCGACACCCGGAGGAGGCGCAGUUCCCGCGGGCGACGAGGAGGGCGAAUGCGACGAGACCAUCCACAAACCCGAAGCCAUGCUGCUCAGCGCCAACUACCCGGCAAACUACGGCAACAACCUCGACUGCAGGUACACGGUGCGCAAGAUGAGCUCCUCAGUGUGCCGCCUUGAGAUGAACUUCGAGCGCUUUGACGUGGAGUCCAGCACCGACUGCGAGUACGACUACCUGGAUGUUGACGGACAGCGCCUAUGUGGGAUCUUCUCCCGCAACACAUCUGGCAUGUACGACUUUGAGGAGAACGAGAAGCAACUCCAUUUCCACUCGGACGCUGCCAACUCUCGACCAGGUUUCCGCAUUCGGCUGCGCCAGGUCGAGUGCGUGGACGAAGACGAGGCGCAGUCGCCGCGGCCGCCGCCCUUCAGGCCCCUGCAGGGGGGCUUCACUACCUCGACCCUGGGCGUCGGAGGUGAUGGCCACCAUCGGGAGCACCACAAGUGCGACAAGAUUCUGACCAACCGGCUGUUUGACGUGCGCAGCCCAAACUACCCGGGAGGAUACCCGCCCAAUCUGGACUGCAAGUACAUCGUCUUUCAGGCUUCGCGCGACAUCUGCAGCGUGGAGUUCACCUUCAUCGACUUCGAUGUAGACAAGGACAACGAGUGCUUCUCGGACUUCCUCGAGAUCGACGGGGAGCGCGUGUGCGGUGUACUGCCUCCAGGCUCCAAGAGGUUGGUGCAUUUUAGCAGCUCGCAGAUGGUCUUCCGCUUCCGGUCCGACCAGGGCGGAAGCCGGCCCGGCUUUCACAUCAAGUCUCGCCAGGUUGAGUGUGGCUCGCGACUGCCACCGGUUACGGGACUCGAGAAAGCUCCGGUCCUGGGAGUGCCAUGUAUGUACGAGUUCUGUGACCAGAGUGGCGUAUUCUACAGCCAGGGAUUUCCGGGUCCUUACCCUAACCAGAUGUCCUGCACUUAUCGCAUCAUUGCCGCGGCCCCCGACAGAUGCAGGGUGGAGCUGUCGUUCAUCCAGUUCAACCUGCACUCAAACAACCGCCCGGACGACCAGUGUGGCGCAGACUUCAUGGAGAUCAAUGGCGUCCGCUACUGCAACCGCCAAUUGGAGGGACAGAUACGCAUCUUGGACUUUAAGGGUCCCCGCCGUAGCGUGACAAUGCAUUUCAUAUCCAAUGAACACGAUGCCGGGAAAGGAUUCCUCGGCUUCUACAAGCAACUCGGCUGUCCCACGGGGGAAGGAGGUGACGGCCGACCUCCGGCGUCCCUGGGUGGAGGACCACCCGAGCUGUACCAUCCGAAGCCGUAUCCUCAUCCGUCAGAUUCUUUGGACGUCGCCACCAAGCGCCAGCAGCAUCAGCACCAGCCACCCAGCUGCGACCGGCUGUACGCGCUGGAGGAGUUCGAGCUGGAGAGCCCCGGCUACCCGGGCCCUUACCGGCCGGGACUCGACUGCCGGUACUUCAUCCGGCGACACAGCGAGGCCGUGUGCGCGCUGCUGGUCACAUUCGACGCCUUCGACCUGGAGUACAGCGCCGGCUGCCACCACGACUACCUGGAGCUGGCCGGCCACAAGAUAUGCGGACAGGUGCCCGCCGGAAAGACCAAGCAAUUGCCACUGCGAGACUUCCAGACCGCGUUCCGGUUCCACUCGAACGAGGCCAUCGAGAACCGAGGAUUUAUGCUCCGCGUGCGCCAGGUGGCCUGCGGUGACGACGGUGGCUCGCUGUUCGAUCGGGGCUCGUCCCCGCCCCAGUACCCACACCACCCAGCACUCGGAGCCGGGGCGCCGCCACCGGCCGGCGGCCACCCCCUGGGUCCGGCCAUGUUCGCGCCGUCUGGGGACCCUGCAUUCUACCCACCCUCUAGAGGACUUGCAGGUGGUGCGCCUCCGCUGGCUCUGGGAUCGCCCGUGCUCGGCGGCGCUCCACUGGGCCCCCCGUCAUACCCGCUGCCUCCUCCGCCUUCACCACACGGCGGCGGGUCAGGUCGCGGCCAGUGCGACCGAGCCCUGAACCAGCCUUACUUCGAGCUUCGCAGUGCAGACCUGGGGACGGGGGACCGUGACUGCAGGUUCAUAGUGCGUCGACGGGGCGUCGACCAGUGCCGUCUGGAGUUGCUGUUUGUGCGUUUCGAUGUGGACUGCAACCAGGACCAAUUCCGCGUGCAAGACGUCCAGAUAUGCGGCAGACUGGAUCACUACACCACGCGCACCUACGACUUCGAAGGACCCGAAUUGUAUCUGUACUACCACACCCGAUCGGGCGGCCGUGCCUCCGACUUCCUCAUCAAGGGACGGCAGAAGGGAUGCGCGGAAGCCGGAAGCGGAACACCACCUGCUUCUUUUCCCGGUGGACCCCUGGGUCCACCUGUGUCUGGGCGUGACAUCAGUCACCCUCGUCACCAGGGACCGCCGUCUUAUCCACCGCCUUCGCCACCUGUAGGGUACCCGCCGCCACCGUCUGUGCCUGGCCCUCCUCCCUCUGGUGGCUCGGGUCGAGACCCGCAUGCCCUGCCGCCCCGUUACCACCCCCAGCCGCCCUCCCAUUUAGUCGGUGGCAUGGGCGGCUACCCACCGUCGGCACACUAUCCGCCAACCUCUUUGCACACCUCGGGUGGGGGUGAGCACCCUCCCAGUGUACCCUACGGGCCACCAUCGCACUACCCAGCGCCACCAUCGCAUUACGCACCGCCGCAGCCGGCACCUGCACCGUAUUACCCGCCACAGCCGCCACCGCCUGGUGGGCCUCACGCGCCCCGCGGUGGAUACCGGCCCGACCACCACAGUGGCGGGGGCCAUUAUGGACACCCCCCGGCGCACCAAGGGCCCCCGGUCGACCGUCCGCCACAAGGGCCUCCGCCGCCUGGUAUGCCGUGGUCUCCACCGUCUUCAGGAAGACCUGAAUGGAGCCCGCGAGACACCGGACCUGGUUCUCAGCCAGCGGGUUACCCUCCGGCGUCACCACACGGCAGACCUCCUGGGACAGGAGCGGCAGUGCCGUACCCUAGACCGGGACCAGGCCAGGGUCCCGCACGCCCCGCCGGUGACUGCGACCAGACGUUCACGGCGCUCGAGAUGACGGUGCAGAGCCCAAACUUUCCGGGUCCUUACCCGGCGCGCACCAUCUGCCGCUAUGUGGUGCGCCGCUACGACAGCGCCACUUGUGCCCUCGAGGUGCUCUUCAUCCGCUUCGACAUGGAGCACAACCCGGAUUGCCAGUACGAGCACCUCGAAGUUGACGGCCGUAAGCUGUGCGGCACGUUGCCCGAGAACAGUGUCCAGAAGUUUUCCUUCUACCAACCCGAAACGGAGAAAGUGCUCGUGUUCCGCUCUGACCAGGGCAGCCCUCGCCAGGGCUUCUCCAUCCGCAUCCGCCAGGUCACUGACUGCGCCGGAGCCUCGUCUUGGAUGCCCGGACAGGACAAAGUGCCCCCCGUGCCGCCAAACCCUUUGUGCGACUACUGCCAGCGGGAGCCCCGUGGCCAGCUGUCUAGUCCAAACUACCCGCAGCCAUACGGACCCAAUGCGCGCUGCACAUACCGGCUGGAGCCCGUGCCUGGCCACUGCCACGUGGAGAUGUACUUUCACCACUUCGACGUCGAGAGCUCGCCGGGCUGCAUGAAGGACUACCUCGAGGUGGACAAGACGCAACGGCAUUGUGGCAACGACCUCAACAAGGCCAUCCGCAAGUUUCCCUUCCCGGACGGCCCGUCCCCCGAGAUCCGGAUCCUAUUCAUGACUGACGGCUACGGUGGUGGUAAGGGCUUCCAUCUCGAAUACAGGCAGCUGCCGUGCAAGUCUGGGCAACCUGCGAACGGCGACGGAGGACACAAUGGUCAGGGCCCAGGUCCCGGCGAUGGAGAGGGGGGCAACGGUAGCCCGGUGGGCACGUCCGCCGUGGCCAGCUCGGACCGCAAGCUCCACUGGGUCAAAGGCUUUCGCGAGAAGCCCGGCCUCGUCACAGCCAGCAUAUUCGUCGAGAACCGCGGCAAUGCCACGACAAGCGACAGGUUCCUCCUAGACAAUAAGAAGGCGUCCUGAGCGCCACCUUCUUGCUGAUGCGCGAAACAAUUAACUUUGCCGAAAACCGUUCGGUUCGUUCCAGAUGAAGCUCGUGUGAGUGCAGCCGUCUCUCUGGUCUGGUAUUCUCCGAUAUCGUCUUGUGAGUGUACCCAGUCAUCGGGUUCAUCCACUGAAGUAAACGGGACGGCAUUCGGCUAGGCUUAAUACUACUGUGUAACUGCGCCUGCUACAUUUGCUGGCUGUGUCCUUGAGACAUUCUCAUAGUCGACGCUCGUCUUUUGCGCAAUGUCACGUACUUACUGGAAAGUUUAAGUCUCAUCGUAUACGUUGCGUAAACACGUUUGUGUUGGCGUGGUGGGGUCUGAUGCAUGCUUGGUAACAAUCACACUUAGCAGAAUCGAAAUUUCUCGCAGCCUGUAUCAUACUUUGCACAGUGGGCGAACAAGACUGCUACCCCUGCACAUGCUCCAGAUAACAGAAAAUCUUCAAGCGACCAUCAUUAUCUAAGCGAAGAUUUAGCGUACAACAAAUGAGACACCCCUUGUUCUCCUAAUUUCACCUGGCUUAUACCGCCAUAAAAAUCCCGAAGCAUGAUGACGCUAAAUUAGGGGGUUUUACGUGCCAAAACCACUUUCUGAUUAUGAGGCACGCCGUAGUGGAGGACCCCGGAAAUUUCGUCCACCUGAGGUUCUUUAACGUGCACCUAAAUGCAUGAUGACGUUGUACUUGGAUUAAUACAACAUUUUAGGGGUUGGGCAAGGUCUUGCACUGUUUAACUUAGCCAUUUGGGGAAAAGGAAAAAUCGGUUUGAUGUGUUCGAACGACGACACACUGAUUGCUUUUGAGGCAUCAGUUGCAAUCUUCAAACGCUACUAAGCAGAGAAGUACUCGGUGGACUAGUUAGUGGAUGUGUUGAUUUAUAAAGGCCGAUAAAACCCUCUAUAUAAUGUCCUGUUCAAACGACUUUUUACGCUGCGAUUCUCCUUAAGCUUUUAUUUACGUCGUAUGUGGCAGUAAGAUAGACAGACGUGUCUGUAGGUCUGCAUGCAUCAACGCUUUUAUCUAAUGUCAGCAGGACGUCAGUAUUGCACCUGGCGGCACUCUGGCGAAUGGCAUUUAGAAGCAGUCCCCCCCCCCCCCCAAAUGUACCUUACUGGCUCUUGCAUAUUUAAACGAAAUCUUCUCUAUGCUGGUCAUACAGGAAUUUUUCUAACCUUGAAACCAUAGAAUUCUCCACAUGACGUCCUGUCGCCGGUGAUCAUUCACCAACGGAGAUUCUGGACAUGCCAUGUGUCUACUACAGGGCAUCUUUCUUUCCACUCAUGAUUCUGGCAACACCUGCAGCCUAUUUACGUAGCUCAUGUAGGUUAUUGACCACGUGUCCUUUAUGUGAAUGUCCCUCACAAUGGUGUGAGGUCUAUGCACAUCUCCAGCAAGAUUUCCAGCAUGCAGCUAUGCAGCUUGCACCAAGCGCCCGCAGCCUGCUAAAGGAGGCGCAUUUUGCUACUCUUAAUAGCAGCCAGCCGUCCUCUGCAUAAAUUCGCGCAGGGCACACUGGUACCGCUUCAACCAGUCGCACGCGGUGCGAUUGCAAUCAUUUUAUCAGGACACAUUACCACCACAAUGAAUAUACAAGAAGCCAUGAGGUUACCAAUGUUUUGUGUGUAAUAAAAGAAAGGAAUAAUGAAUUCAGUUGUGUUUCCGGUGACGCGAACGACUCGCUGGCUACGAACCACCCCGUCACGCAGCAACUUAGUCGAGUGGUUGGUUAAUUGCCAGUAGAUUCUGCGGGGGCAGUCACAGCUGCGUACUGCUGCUGUGAGCUUCAAGAGUGUGAUAGACAGUCUGAUAGGCAAGGCAACUCGUUUUCUUUGGACCUGUAUUCCCAAAUAACCAAGGCCAUGAGGAAACACUUUCUACGUUGAGUUUGCUACCUUCCCGGAAAAAAUGAGCAUGUCUCACAUGUACUGUUUUAUAAAUAAGUAGUGCCGUCUUAAUGUAGUUGUUACCGAACACAUUCCGCACUUCUCUGGAUGCGGUGGAAUUAUCGAUGCUGUGUGCUUCGUAGCACUAUUGUUGCGGUUGUAUAGUUACGUUAACGUUGGAACUGCACAAAACACCUACUCAUUAAAAAAGCGGGCAAUGUACAAAUUUGGUGCGGCAGUGUUCGCCCCAGCUAUUGUAUUUUUUUUAUCUAGUUCUGUUUUCUUCUGAGUACCUGGUAUACCUAAUUUUUAUGUUUCAUGAGUGAGUGAGUAUGGCAUGAAUGGAGUAGUUUCCACAGCGCACCACCGCCGUAUUCCCAAACAGCACCAACGUUCUGUGGCUUUGUACAUGGUGAAGUUUGCGUCUGUACCAGUUUUCUUAAUAGUUAUUUUCAGUUUCGCCUAAACACACAUUCCCACUUAGUUUUAAAAACCCGCAGUGAUGAUAUACAUCUGCUAUUACAGUAAGUGUAAUUGUAAACAAUACCCUACACAACGGCAUUAUUAGUUUUCUCUCCAACAAUAUUACCUAUUACAGAGCAAGAAUUAAUUCUUUCCAUUCUAGAAGUCACACUCACGUUACUGGUCGCCAAGGCUUCCAUUAGCUGUAUCUUCGUAUUUAGUCUUUUCUGCGCACCUUUUACUCCGGCAUCCACAAGCCCAAAUGAACUAUGCCUCUUAAUACGUGCACACUACUUAUGCGGCACAACCAUACUUUGACAGUGGCAAACCAAUACCGUUGUGGUUGUUCCCACUCACGCCAUGAGACACUAACAACAAAGGCUACCGCAUAUGGUAAACUUAGCUUCUUUGUCGAUAUUGCCGACAGUGCCGCAGGAAAAAGUAUUCCGUUUUGGCCAGUUAUUUAUUGCGCACUUUAGGCCGAGCACCUUUAUUCUUAUAAAUGCCAAAUCGCAUGACAUCGGUGAAGCCCUAGAUCACAAACUGGUUCGGUGCAGUAAUGACAGGGUUGAGAAACCUCUUUCGAUCCUGACCGAUUUAGACAGUGUACUGAGUAAUGAUGAAACAUCAAGAUUUUAAGAAAACGCAAAUGCAGUGGUAUCCUUUAUAACUGAUAUUUUUAGGCAUGCUGAAAGAGUCGUCUUUCGAAAUAGUCUAUAUUAUUGUUUCUUAUUUCGUGGUAGAUUGGCCGCUGUUACUGUUGAGCCGUGAUGUGACUUCUUCCGAAAAAAAAUUGUUCUGCUGCACGUGGCGCGAUGAUGCGCAUUACUGUGAACUAAUUCAUUGUCUGUGACAUCGCAUGCACUGAAAUAAACUUCCUUAUCGAGAGCUUACA